GCCAGUCCGCUGGAGCUGGAGCGCCUGUGCAGAAGAACCGCCGUCCAAAGAAGUCACCAUUCCCUCGCCUGACAAGGAAGACCUGUUGGCGCUCGUGGGCCGGUUCUGGCAGAGGAGGAAGCGUCUGGUCGCCGCCGUCGGGAUCGCCCUGGCCAUGGGCCUCGUCCUGCUCAUCGCCCUUCCCCUCCUGCUGCAGGCGCCGCCCGCCGCCCGCGCUCACUACGAGAUGAUGGGCACCUGCCGCAUGAUCUGCGACCCAUACAGCGCCAGCAGCGUGGCCGCCGGGCCCUCCGGCCGUCCCGGGAGCACCGCCGCCCUGGAGGCCCUGCAAGAGCUGAGCGCCCACCCGCCUUCUCCCCUGCCACCCUUCUUCCAGGGCCCCAAGGGCGAUCCCGGACGGCCGGGCAAGCCGGGGCCAAGGGGGCCUCCUGGGGAACCGGGGCCCCCGGGCUCGAGGGGUCCUCCCGGAGAGAGAGGGGAUUCGGGGAAGCCGGGACUUCCGGGCCUAACCAUGUCCCGAAUCGGACCGCCCGGAGCAGCGACAACAGUCGGAGGAGCCGGCUCGGGCGUGAGUGGCAGUAGCAGCCCGCCCCCGGGAGGCGAGAUCACCGGCGCCCUGAGUGCUGUCUUCAGCGGGCCCAGGAUCGCCUUCUACGUGGGCCUGAAGAGCCCCCACGAGGGCUACGAAGUGCUCAAAUUCGACGACGUGGUGACCAACUUGGGGAACCACUACGAGCCCAGCACGGGGAAGUUCACCUGCCAGGUGCGCGGCAUCUACUUCUUCACUUACCACAUCCUCAUGCGCGGCGGGGACGGCACCAGCAUGUGGGCAGACCUCUGCAAGAACGGCCAGGUGGGUGCAACCCCUAGGCGGACCUGUUGGGCUGGGGCGGGGCUCCGGGGUGGAGUUACCACCUGCUAA